CUGUCUGUCUCUCUCUCACACACACACACACACUUCUCCGUCUGUCUGUCGAUGAGUGAAAAACAGCAUAAACUUGGUGUUUCCAGUGCGAUGAAGACGCAGAUGACAGUUGUUUUCUUCUUCAUAGUCAUGAGCUCAUCUGCUGCUGACAAAGUGACGAAGAAGCUGACAGCCACUGAAGGAGGAAACAUCACUCUACCUGUCCCUGUCAGCGAGUUUGGAUUUCUUAUAUUUAGAGGAAGAAAUAUUGCUAUGGUGAGAGAUGGAAAUCUGGAAAUACUUUUGAAAAACAUUUACAGUGACAGAAUUCUGUGGAACAAAAACACUGGACUGUUUACACUCACAGGAUUACAGAGAAACAACACAGGGGAUUAUUCUAUUGAUUUCUCCAAUGAUGAAAUUCCCUCUGCAUUUAAACUCAAAGUUUAUGCGAGCGUCCCAGUGCCAGCAGUGACCAGAGAGAGUGUGAGCGCUGACCGCUGCACUCUGCUGUGUUCUGUGGACGCAGCUGAAGAGACGACGCUGUCGUGGAACAGAGACGAGCAGAUAGUGAACAGCAGCAGCUCUGCUCUCCCUCUGUCACUCACUGUGCAGCUGCAGGACUUCAGCUCUCAGUAUAACUGUGUGGCUGAGAAUCCUGCUGAGAGGAAGAGUCACGCGCUCACUGUUGAGACUCUGUGCAGCACAGACACCACAGACGUCAACAACAACAACUACAGACACUAUAUAAUUCCACUCACCAUUGUGUCUAUUGUGAUUUCUGUCCCUGCUGUUUUCAUCAUCAUGAAGAUUUGUUUCAAUUACAAGAGGACAACCAAGCAAACACAAGAUUCAGGAGAGGCAGAAGUUCACUAUAGUGACAUACGUGUAUGUAAAGAACGACAGAAUCAGGAAAAACCUGAUCCACCAGCAGCCGCUGACAUGUCCAUAAUCUACAGCACACUACAGCCUCAGCACAUGGUGCCAGAUCAAUCUGCCACUGUUGAGAACCUCUGACAGUAAGCAGUGGACUGUGGACGCCCACAUACAGCCACUGUGAAGUCAGUGUGUCAUUGGGCCAAUAUUAAGGAGUCCCCUGAUGGUAGUCCCACCCGGGUUUACCUGCACAGGUCAACCAGUCCAUCACAAUCUAGAGUGGCCAGUUGUUUUUGGACUGUGGGAGGAAGACAGACCCUGCUGAAUAAUCCAGUAGAAUACCAUUAGAAAAAAACUAUCCUAAUGGAUCCUGGAUCCUAAUGGAUCCUAAUGGAUCCUAAUGGUCUCGUGGGAAUUGAAACCCCAUUAGGAACCAUUAGAAUAUGCCUAAUGGUUUCUCUAACUUUUUUAGCAGUGCCCGGAAAAUCCACAUCUGCAAACACUGGUUCUCUUUCUAACUGGGAUUUGAAACAGUGACCGUGUCUUGGUUUGAUGCAACAGUACUAGCUGGUCUCUGUGUCGCUGUGUACUUCCAUAUUCUAGAGCAGUUUUUCCCCAAAGAUUUUAUAUUUGGACCCAGAUUUUAUAAUUUAUAAUAAUUAUAAUAACUCUGUUUUUUGCUUGUACCACGAGAUCCACAUUUCAAAUGAGUUAUUGUGUUAGCCAAUGUCAGCUGGACUGUGAAGUCAUGUCGUCUUCAUCCUGUGAAGUCAUGUCGUCUUCAUCCUGUGAAGUCAUGUCCUGUGAAGUCGUGUCGUCUUCAUCCUGUUCACUUGUCUUUGUCCACUGCUUCUGUAUCUCACUGUUCACACACAGCAGAGCUGAAGGAGCUCGGCUUUCUCCACACGAGGUUUGUUUGUGCUAAUGUUAAACUGGCCUUGACAUCGAUGACAACAUGCCAGACUUGGCGGUUGUGUUGUGUCGUCGGGGUAAAUGAGGAAGUAUGAUGAAGUUGUGGUCAGCGUUACCGUGGUUACCACUGAACAUAAUUUUAGAAAGUAUACACGCACGUACUGAAAAUGUGUUCGGUGUUUGCGUGUAUUCGUCCUGUUUGGGACAAAUUCAUGUUUCUUUACACCCAGAAUAACACGGUUAGAUCAGUUAUAGAUUUGCCGUCACACCGGCUUCACUCACAGGUGAUUGUUUGGCUGUUUCCUGUUGUCGAUUCAGCUUUUGUGUUGCAUUAACAAAUCCAGUGUCAGUUCUCGUCUAUCUUCAUGCUAGCAGCUACAGCAGAGCUCUCAAGUCUCACGCGUAAACACACACACAUUUCAAAGAGUUCACAUGAACACGCCACACAUGACAUUUCUCAUGCUGAUAAAAGUCACUGCACAUAAAUGAGUAAUCGAUGAAUCAAUUAUUCAAAGGCUCUGUGUCGUUCAUUCAAACAGCUGUCAAGAAUUAGUGACCUAUCAGCUAAUAUUUAUUAUUACCGGGUAAAAACACUGUUGGCAGAAUUGAGCUCUAUGCAUAUGUUAUAUAUUUGUAUUAUUUUUUAUAUUGUUCAAUUCUUGUUGUCUCUUUUUCUAUCACUUUUGUUUUAUUACAUUUCAAGGUCACAACAUUUCAAACCUAAUGUUGCCUUUGGCCUAAUAAAGUGUGUAAAGCA